GUUGCAAGACGUCAUGUCUACGUAUUUCGAAAAUCCAGGAUGUUAGAGAAGUAGAAAGGUCGUGGAUAGAGGAAGCCUUCUACUGGUUCAGUACUGUCGUGAAGAAAACAAUCAUCGUCUAGUAUCUAUUAUACUAGGCGUCGGCCGUUGUAAAAAAACAAUCAUCCGGGGGUUCAGCACUGAGAAUAGAAAAGGCCGUUGUAUGAAAGGCCUCCAGUAUAGUCAUCAUCAGAAGUACCGAUCUGAUGUGAAUAAAGAUCUCUGGCCUGAAACUGAAACAGCUACAGGGUUGUACCAUCAACUACGAGCAUGCUGAACGCAUUCAUGCAGUACGCACCAACACCAGACCACAAGACAGCUGCUUUCUCACUGAAGAUAGUGACACAUCAAAGCUUGGCAGUGAAGACUAGAGAUUUGUUCUGCAGGUGAGGCAAAAUCUACAUGGUUAGCGUUAGGUUCCACAUAUCUUAGCAGAAUUCGAUC